AUGUUCGCCCGCGCGCGCGCCCUCGCCCUCACCGGCGCCGCGGCCGCGACCGCGACGAUGCCGCUCGUCUCGCACGCGCGCGCGCGCGACGACGCGCGACGCGUCGCGCGCGCGCCGCCCCACGACGCGCGCGAGCUCCUGCUCGUCCAAGCCGUCUUCAGACACGGCGACCGCACGCCCAUCGCCGGCCUCGGCGCCGGACUCGAGGACCUCGAAGAGACGUGGCGACGAUUACUGCCGUCCGCGGCGGACGAAGAGCGGCUGCGUCGGCUCGCGCGCGUGCGGUCGGAGAUGGAGGCGACGUGCGUCCCGCGAGGCGCCGGCGGUUGGGAGGGACGGCUGACGACGCGAGGCGCGACGCAGAUGCGAGCGUUCGGACGAGAGAUCAUACGAGAGUGGUUGAUCGCGCAAGAGUUUUUGUCGAACGAUUUCGCGCGCGCGGUGGCGAAAGGAGAGGUGAAGGUGCGGUCGACGGCGGCGUCGAGGUGCGUGGCGAGCGCGGCGAACGCGCUCGCGGGCGGAUGGCCGGAUGCGUGGGAAAACGGUGGUGGAGGCUCGCCUUUGAUCAUCGAGGUUCGAGAGAAAGAGCGAGAGACGAUGUUUCCGAAACCGGGAUCGGCGUGCGAUAGGCUGAGUGAGGUAUUUCGAGGCGCGAUGGCGUCGAACGACGAAAAGUUUACGCACGACGAGACGUUGGCUCGCUUGCGCGAGUCGAUCGAAACGGCGCGGGAGAAAAAGGCGGGGUUGCUGGAAGUAUGGGACCCACUGCAAUGUCGCAUCAAUCACGAUUUGCCCCUGCCGCGCGGCGUGACGAAAGAUCAAGUGCGGUCUUUGUUGACGAUGAUGGAGGACAGACAUUUCGCGACGUUCACGAGCCCGCUCGCGAACGGCAUCAUGGGUACGCAACUGCUCCGUGAAAUUUGCGAAGAAAUGGGCGAACACGGCGGAAAAGUCAAGCUAAGUCUUUACGCGGGUCAUGAUUCGACGAUCAUGGCGCUCUUCUCCGCGCUCGGGACGCUCGGAUCGACGCUCACGACGUGGCCGCCUACGGGAAGUUCGUUGAUUUUCGAGACGUGGCGCAUGAAGGAUGGAUCCGUCGGCGUGCGCGCGGUGUAUAACGGCGAGCCUAUGGCGUUGACGCCGAAAUCGCGCGAACGCGAUGGAUUGACCUCGUACGCGGACUUCAAGGCGUACGUGAAGACGCGCGUGCCGGAAGACUACGUCGCCGCUUGCAAACUCUAGUUUAUCCUUCUCGUUGUCGCUAUCUUAUUUCUUGCUAUUGAAUGUGUUGCUAUUUCUUU